AUGCUUGUGGAUAUACUUCAGCUUUCCAGUUGUCCACCAACACUUAAUAGAUCAUUGUCCAGGUAUGGUGACAGCAUUCUAAGUGUUCCACGCACAACUUGCUUCUUAUUUCUUAAGGUGUUAAUCUCUUCUGGAAACGCUUGCCUCUACGUUAUUCUGAUCCAACGCUCCUUUGACCGCUGUAUUUCUGCUACUAUUAAUGGACCUACUUGUGUUUUGUGCAUGUGGGAUCCUUAUGCCACUUGCACCAUUGAAAAAACCUUAUCCAGAUGGCAGAUAUUCUUAGCAGCGUGGUCUAACUGGAGUGUCUAUGCAUUAGCUUGUUCUUAG